CAUGGCUGGCUCUAAUUUGUUAUUCGACGGAAGGAUGUUCAAGAGUUAGAAAGGAAGUUAAUAUUAAAGAAAGUUAUUGCUAUAAUAAGAAAAAGACUUAAACAAUGGAUUCUAUUAGUAGCAAGGAUCCAUGAAAUAUUUUGCUUAUGGAACUUUGGUCGAGGGAAGAUGUCACUGCAGACCUUGUUGUCGCGGAGAACCGUCGAUCAUAUGCAGGUCACACAAUUUAUCGUGUCGUGCUGAAGGUUUUUACUGCUGGUGAAGUUGUUCCAGUUAAGCUAAAUGAGGUUUUUGUAUGGAGAAGGUACAGCGAAUUGAAAAGAUUGCACAAAGAUUUGAAAAACAUCAGUCUUCAAAGUGAAGAGGCAUCUGUUUCUUUCCCAGAGUUUAUCAAAGCAAAAAUUUUUGGACGUUUCGAGGAACAUAUUAUCGAAGAACGCCAACGAAGUGCAGAACAGUUUUUAAAAUUUGUGGCUGAAAGACCAAAUCUUUUCAAAAGUGGUGUUUUGAAAAGAUUCUUUGAGGGAGCCGUCAAAUGCAAUCAGCAGAGUUCCCUGACAGAGCCAAGUGACGAGCCGUUGUAUCUUAAUGAAAUAAAUAAUCGAUUGUCCCUUUCUGGUAGUAUAACGGACGAAAGCAGAGAAAUUGACAGUGCCGAAGAAGAGUUGGAGCCAAUGUCGACAAACCAAUCCAGAGGAGUGUGGAACAAUAGGCAGCCAACACCAGAUCCUCUUGAAAAUAAUACUAGCAGUGACCCAGAACCAAGGAUAGAGGUAUUUACCGCUUCUGAUGAGACCAAUAGUGUUGAAGUUACUCCUGAUGAUCACGCGACUAUCAAUGGUAUUACUAGCGGCAAAGAAAAUUCUACCCCGGUCGAGGAUGAAACGUUAGCUGAAUCGCAACAGAUUUCAACGGCCUAUGUUCAAAACAACCAAAGGUCGAAUAAUUCUGGCCAAGCAGAGGUAUCUGAAAUUGACACAAUGCGACAGGAUUCCGAUGCAGCAUUAAAUUCUGACAAGGAAAUAUCAGACCCUGCUGAUGAUGACGUAUUUGGUGGCAAUGUCGUGGACAACGAAGAAGCCGGCAAGUGGCUACGAGAGGCCUUUUCCGUGUGCAGCGAAGGAGGUGAUAUUGAGCGACUGGCUUCAGAGGCAGACAACAACCAAGAUAUUGCAUCUUUGAGUGUAUCUCAGCUGCAUGAAGACAGCAGCGAGGAAGAAGCUAAAAGCCCAAAAAAGCUUGAAGAUGAUUGUACUGGAGAAGAUGAAGAGAACGACCUGAUAGAAGCGUUGUGCAGUUUGCCGAAAUUGCCCGAUGACGUUGCCGAUGAUGAUACAGAUCAAUAUAAAAACGAGGAUUUGCCCGAAUGUGCCAUUGACGGUAAUAUCCCUAAGCAAAUUCACGAUGAUGCACUUGAAGAUGACACUAAUGAUUGUAGUGGACCUGAUUUUGGUUUAUCGAGAGAAAACAGCUCUUGUCCAAGGUUGAAAGAGGAUGAUUGCAGAAAUGGGCUCCCAGAGGGUGCUGAUGCUGAUGCGAUAGGUCGUGAUGAAGAAGACAAAGUGCGGGAAAUUGGAGAAAAUGUUAAAGAUAUGACUGUGUCAGGUGAUAACUGCGAGACUUUGCCUACUGAUGAUGUCUCUGAUCGUUUGCUUGCAGGAAGAGACGAAAAGGCGCCAAAUUCAGACUUGAAAACGUUACCGCGUCGUAACGAUUCGACGAAAAAUCGGUUUUCGUUAUCACUAGACGACAAGAUGAAGGCACGGAUACAAAAAGCAAUUGAAGCUGAUGACUAUGUUUACCAAGCUAGUUUAGCCAUGAGUGAAGCAAUAGAACGAGAGGAACAGAAACAAUACCAGUCGUCUUUUGAACUUUACAAAUUAGGCAUUGGAUUGCUGUUGCAAGGCGUGCAGCAGGACGCUGAUGAGGAGCGCCGUGUCGCUGUCAGACGCAAAACAGCACAGUAUUUAUUGAGGGCUGAGAAUGUGUACAAAAAUUAUUUACAUGAGUCGAAGAAAGCAAAGGAUUCCCGCAAGAGUGCUAUGAACCUCGCGGAAGUCAGGACUAUUGGAGUCAUAGAUAAGGUUUUCUUAGUUGAAAGAUUUGUGACAGGGGACAUUUUUGCUGUUAAGGUUUUGCAUAAAUGUGGAGCUGAAUAUAAAAACAAGAGAGAAUUUGUUGCCAAAGGGAAUAGAAAAUUGAUUGAUAGCAAGUACAUGGUGAAACUGCGUCACUAUACAGAGACUAGUACCGGUAUUUAUUUGUUUUUAGAAUUCAUUUCAGGUGGACUUUUAUGGAACUAUUUAGAUAUGGACCUUAGGUGGAACACAGCCUCUUCAAAUUGUGACGUGAAUGCUAAUAUGAAUCGUACAGAUGCCACCACAAGCCGCGCUGGACAAUCACAAAAUGCAGAGGCAAAGAGUCUGGAGAAGGAAAACCAUGGAGUGACUGAAGAUAUGAUCAGAGUGUGGAUGGCCGAGAUCGUGUCAGUUCUUAGUGAUCUUCAUGAGCACGGAAUUAUCUGCAAAGAUCUCAAUCCACGGAAUAUCCUGUUGGAUAGCGACGGCCACAUCAAGCUGACAUAUUUCUCAAACAUCAGAGGUGUUGAAUACUGCAUUGACGAGAAUGCCUUGAAGAGAUCUUAUGCUGCUCCAGAGGCCAAUGGGAUAUUUCCUUUGACACAGGCAGCUGACUGGUGGAGCCUCGGUGCUAUUUUCUUCGAACUUUUGACUCGCAAGUCUCUUCAUUCAUGUUACCCAGCUGGAAUUCAUUCUCAUUCGAUUAUAAACCUCCCAAAGCCAGUAAGCAACGAAGCUUGGUCACUUCUUGCUGGGUUGAUUCGGUAUAACUCAAAGGACAGACUGGGCUCUGGUGUGGCUGGCUGUGAGGAAAUCAAAUCGCAUCCAUUUUUUGCAUCGAUAAACUGGAAAGCGAUGUGAUGCUCGGAACAUAACUGAAUCGUAUUCAGUAAUUUUAGUAAAUUUUCGCGAUGUAUUGCAUUUGUUAGGUAGAUAUUAAACAAAAUUUAUUAGGAGUCAAGUCUGGAAUAUUUGAAAUUCAUUCUGAGUAUCUUAUUCUGAAAAUGGA